AUGGAGGCAGUAGCAGUCGGGAGUGCAGGAUCGCUUCCGAACGCAGUGAAACAACAGCAGCAUGUCGACAGCAUCCCAGCCCUCCACCCACAGACUCACGCCGUCAACAAGCCGCGACCGCGGGCAAGAAGAAAGAAUGCACCAGAGGAGGAAGUAGACGACCCGUCGAAGAGACGAUCAUGUAGUCAAGUCUAUGGUACGGAUUGUAUCUACGAUCCCAACUCGGACCAUCGACGUAAAGGCGUAUACAAGAACGAUAUUGACAAUUUGAAGACACGGAACUCGACCCUUCAGACACUGGUCCAGGCUAUCUUGAACUACGCCGAGGAGGAUGUACCCGCUCUUGUGCGUGAGAUCCGCACAUGUGACAGUCUGGAUGCGGUAGCAGAAAAGAUCGUUGCCAAAGAGCAGGGUAUCGAGGUCGAGGACGAUCAAGAUGACGGCUGGAACGAUGAUGACACGAUGCAGGUGUCGACGUUCGAGACAUCCUUGUAUGGCAAGAUGGGUGACCUACGGCUGGACGAAGGCUCCGUGCGAUACAUUGGCGGGACUUCGAAUUUGAUACAUCUUGCUCAAGAUGAUGCGGAUGGCGAUAUUGAUGAAUACACCCAACAAGAAGAUCCUAUCACUUCUUGGACCAACGUCACCGAUGAUCCGGAGCUUGUUGUUCACCUGCUAAAUAUGUACUUUACCUGGCAUUACACUUACUUCACGACACUUUCCAAGACACUGUUCUACCGGGACUUCCUGCUAGGGAGACCUCCAAUAACAGCCAAGCGGAAGACUUACUACUGCUCUCCAUUGCUUGUGAAUGCGAUACUGGCGCUUGGCUGUCACUUCACGUCGCAUCAUGGUGCUCGGGAUAAUCCGGACGACUCGGCUACCGCUGGCGACCAUUUCUUUAAAGAGGCCAAACGUUUGAUUAUGGAGAACGACGAACAUGAGAAGCCACGAUUGACGACUGUACAAGCCUUGGCCCUGAUGUCUGUGCGCGAAGCCGGCUGUGGACGUGAAGCCAAGGGCUGGGUGUAUAGUGGCAUGUCUUUCCGUAUGGCCUCCGACAUGGGCCUCAACCUUGACUCUGGCCGACUGACCACAAACAAGACUAUCAAUGGCGAUGAGGCCGAGGAAGACGUUAGGAGAGUGACGUUCUGGGGCUGUUAUCUCUUCGACAAAUGCUGGUCCAACUAUCUCGGACGGCUGCCACAACUGCAAAGCUCGAUGAUCACCGUGCCCAAAGUCGAGGUCUUCCCUGACGAAGACGCUGCCACAUGGAGCCCAUAUACUGAUUCUGGAUUCACGACUGCAAAUGCACAACCUGCUAGAACGAGAGCUGUGGCACUGCAGAUAACCAAGCUGUGUGAGAUUAGCAAUGAUCUGAUGCGAAACUUCUACGAUCCUGCUGAGAUGGAGAGGACGAAAGGCAAAGGUGCCGAACUCAAGAAGCUAUCCGAUAUCCACACCAGGCUUGAGAGCUGGCGAAGAGAGCUGCCAAACGAGUUUGAACCGAAGGAGGGAUGUCUCGCGAGUGUGCUAGUCAUGCACAUGUUCUUCCAGCUGCUGUUCAUUCACCUGUUCAGGCCGUUUCUGAAAUACACACAGCAGACCUCACCAUUGCCGCAGAACGUCAGCCCUCGAAAGCUCUGCACACAAGCAGCAGGCAUGAUAUCCAAGCUUAUGCGUCUUUACAAACGCUCGCACGGUCUCAGGCAGAUCUGCAAUAUCGUGGUGUACAUCACGCACUCGGCUUGUACGAUACACCUCCUGAACAUGCCAGAUAAGAAUGCGAAGCGGGACAUUGUACACGGCAUCAAGCAUCUCGAGGAGAUAGCAGAGGGCUGGCCUUGCGCGCGAAGAACUCUAGCCGUGCUCAGCGUGCUCGCACGCAAAUGGAAAAUUGAGCUUCCGGAAGAAGCUGUCGCGGUGCUUACACGGACCGAUGCCAAGUUUGGGACGUACACUGGCGAGGUAUCCUCCCCUCCCGCUCAACGGCGACCAUCCGAGCAGGUGAUGCCACCUCCUCAGCCUGUCAUACAGACGACCUAUCCGCAAACCCAGAUGGCCCAAGCACCGAGCUUUCCGAGCAUGCCCAUGGCGGUCAGUGUGAACGGCGCCCCUGCUUCUACCGCUUACGGAGGAGUUCCAGGAAUGGUACGGCCAGAAAGCAACCACUUUGCAUCGCCUCCGAGUGACGCCAAUGGCUUACGUGCUGCACAGAUGCCGAGCGCCACCACGACUCCCGCCCAAUCCACACAAGGUCGCCAUCGUGGACGAGACUCGGUCACCACAAAUGGGGCGAGUCCUAGUGACAUGUUCGGCGGCGUCGAACAGCUCAUCCGUGACAGCCAGGACUGGGUGUACAGAGAUCAAGCUCAGUAUGCAUCUGGGUUUGGCAAUUGGAACGGCCUCGAGAUGGAUGCGGCGGGAUGGAGUGGCAAUGGCGGUGUCAAUGGUACGCCGAUAACACCCGUCAAUGCGCAGAUGAAUGGCAGCGUGCCCGUGAUGAACACAAGUCCACUCUACUCGACCACGGCGGCGCCAAAUGGGAUGGCGCAUGCAGUGAAUGGGUAUCCACUGAGCAGUUGGUUGAGCGGACUCAACUCCUACGACUAUAAUGAGGCCGAAUGGUAUCUAUAA